GAAGCAGAGUCAGAAACCAUCAGCAGCUCAGGAUGAAGGUCUGUCACACUUUGAUCAGCCUCUUCUUCCUCACUCUGCAGGAAGGAGAAACUGUGAGAACCUACACCAGGAAGGAAGGAGGAAGCAUCACAGUUAGAUGUGAAUUUAGUUACUAUGGAAACAGGAGGUUUCUCUGUAAGGAAACUUGCAAAGGAAAAAACAUUCUCAUUGAAACAACUAAAGACAGAACUCAGACAGGCAGAUACAGCAUUAGGUAUGAAGGAAGAGAUAAACUGUCAUCUGAUUUUCUGCAUGUGAGCAUCACAGAGCUGGAAAAGUCGGACUCAGGACGGUACCGGUGUGGCUUGGUUACUGUGUGGGCUGGAACUCUAUAUGAUGAUUUUCGUCUUGUUGUGAAAGAAGAUCCUUCAGAACCAAGAUGGACUCUGGGACCUUUUAUAAGAUCAACGUUUCUCCCAGCAGCCUCCACAACAAAAACACCACAGAGUCUGAGUUCAUCACCUUCUCCAUCCUCCUCUGAUACCAACAAACUCUCUGAGAAACCAGCUGCAGCUUCAGGUCUGCUGCUUUAUGUGGGUCUGACUCUGGCCAUCCUGAUCUUCAUGUUAGCAGCAGCUCUGCUGAUUUUCUACAAGAGGAAGAGCUUCAGUCAACAGAAAGGUCCUCCAGUAGAAACAGAGAACGGCAACGUCUCCAAGGCUGAAGAUGAAGCAGUAGAGUACUCUGAGGUGCAUUUCUUGAACAUCACCACUUCGCCCAACAGCGCCCCCUGUUGUCAUGCAGAUAAUGCCACCUACUCUGAGCUUCAGGUGGCCGUGAGCUCUACAAACCACAGCAAUGAUUUUCCUCUUUACUCCAACAUUACUUUACAGCAGUAGCUUUGUUGUGGAUCUGCUGUUUGUGGGCGUCAGAUAAACUCAUUAUCAGGUUUGAGCUUCUACAUUAAACUAGUUUUAGGACUCUUUUAAUUUCUCUAAAAUAGGCCUCUCCCUGUUAGUGGGUCAGCUUCCUGACUGACCUGCAACAACAGGUGAGCCAGGGGAGCAUCUUUAGCACCACCCUUUCUUGGGACCUGAGAUGACACUGUUUGGAAGAAGGCCCGGCAUAAACUACACUUCCUGCUACAACUCAGGUGAAAGGGCAGCAAACAUCUCUGCAGACCCUACACAUCCUGGACACAGAGGCAGUUUCUUCCCCCAGGAUGUCUCUCUGAUGAACACUUAACAUUCAGGAUGGCCAGACUGAGCUACCGCACCCUGCUGGCAAUUAGAUGCCUCGGAGCUUCUCCGCAUCUCCCCCAGAAGCGACACCAUUGUUCACAACUCUUCCUCUUAAAGGAAUGAUUCUCAAACUGUUCUAUACUUUUAACACUUUAAUUCUAAAUAAGGCAGAGGAAUGGUUACAGAAAUCAGCGCUGAGGCUCCCUGUCCUGGAUCCGCUCGGUGAUCAAAGCGUCGAAGCAACCCCGAAAGAAGGUCACACAUAGUUUUUAUAUCUGGCACUCCCACACACGGAUGUGCACCUCAGUGUUUAUCAGUAGAUUAUGUGUCACCAUUCUGGUGUCUAUCUGAUAGAGUCGUGUAAUAACAGGUGUCCAACCCUCAAUCUAAGUGUGGCCGCAGGUGUCUAAUCAAUGUGCAUCGGUGAGGAUUCUUAUCCUAUCCUAACAAAAGUGAAAACAUUAGCAUUUAGAUCUAUAAGUAACCAAGGUUAUUACUAAUCAUAUAUAUAUACUUACAAGAAAGAAAUGCUUUCCUUUUUGUCUUAAAAGUGUCUUUAAUGAAUGUAAAGUGGAACUUAAGUCAAAUUCCUUGGCUGCAGGUAUGGAAAGUUAAUGUGUUAAAUUAUUUUUGAAAGCAGCUACUUCUGCUUUCAAUAUUUUUCUGUUUCCAUUUCAUGAGAAUAUAAAUCUAUAAAAGCAACAGGCACAAAGGAGAUGGAAAUAAACCAUAAUCCCUUUUUAUUUUAUUUAUCACAGCAGAGUUUAUGGUUCUAUUUAAUAUUUUAUAUUCAGUGAUGCCUCUGCUUUGUGUGGUUUUUGCUUUCUGUGAAUGUUCAUCAUCAUGUUAUUUAGUAAAGCUGAAUGUUAAAUGCUAACAUGCUCUUGUGAACUCCUCUAUUUCCACUUUUUAUGGACAGUUUUUGUUCAUCUAUCAUCGUUAUAAAGUAAAAAAAAAUCACACAUAGUUCUCUAAAAUUUGCCAUAAAUUGUUUAGAUCAUAACAGUUUUUAGGUUUUUUUUUUAAGCUCUUAUCUUAGAUUUCAUCAAAAAAAUUUAAACGUAAUUCCAACUUUUACUCUUUAGAGUUUAAUCACAGCUGGGGCUGGAGACAUUUCUUGUCAUGCAAAGAUGGUUUAACAACACAAAUCAGAUUAUUUGACCAAGUAUAUCUGCAAUCACGUAAAUCAUAUCACAAUCUUCAUUUACUAAUAUUUCUUAAAGAACAAUUUCCAUUCUGUUCUGUUGUCCAGAUAUUUUAUUCAUGUCAAUAAAUAAAACCUAUACAUAACUGUA